AUGUCGGUUGCAGCAGUUGAAGAUCGAUCAUAUCAAGUAGGUUUGAUCGGUACUGUGUCGAGUAUUUCGGCUAUAGUGCUGAUAUAUCGCACACCGACGUUACAUAAUGCUUUCGGUUUUAUUUGUGCCUCACAUCUGCUUGCUGAUGCGGGAGUACUCAUAGUAUUUUCUUUCUGGAUCGCUCCAGUUCGCAUUACU